AUGAGAGCAUCACUUUCAAUCAUCAACAUUUGCUGUGCUGGAUUAAAGAGAACAUCCAGGCUUUUCUCUUCCCUGAAUUUAGCAUUGUCUACAUCCUCAUCUUUUUCAGAGGAUGAAGUUCUUAUCCGUGGUGAUUACGUUGAUUCCAUUUUCGGGAACAAUGAUGAUCUUUUGCAAAAUGUUACCUGCAUUUCAGCUGAGUGUAUGGAGAAAUAUAAUGAUUUACAUGAGUUUUCCGAGGAUAAGGAUUCCGCGAUUUAUGAAUAUCAUGAAAAAGCAAAGUACAACAAUGAGUUGAAUAGCGUCACUUUAAUACUUGAGAACUGCGGAUGGAAUUUAGGGUCUCCAAAUAGUUAUAACAAGUUUUAUUUAGACCAGGAUAGCAUAAUUCGGAUUCUGAAUCAUCUACUUGAGGAGAGCUUGGAUGCUGCUCUUGCUCUUUAUUUUUUUAGGUGGUCAGAGUGUUGCAUGGGAUCAAAGCAUGGGAUACAAUCUGUUUGUACAAUGAUACAUAUUUUGGUUGCUGGGAAUAUGAAUUAUAGGGCAGUGGAUCUAAUUUUAUGUCUUGUGAGAAAGAAUGAUGGAGAGGAUUGGUGGCUCAAUUUGUUGUUGAGAGUUCUUCACGAAACUCAUACUGAAAGAAGGGUAUUGGUAACUACAUAUAGCAUGCUUGUUGACUGUUAUGUUAAGGAAAAUAUGGUGAAUUCCGCUCUCAAGUUAUGUUUUCGAAUGAAACAUCUAAAUAUCUUUCCAUCAAUUGGGGUUUGCAAUUCACUUCUCAGGGUGUUAUUACAGUCAAAGCAGACACAAUUGGCUUGGGAUUUUUUGGAAGAAUUUCAGAGCCAAGGUUUGGGGUUCAAUGCUUCGAUUAUUAGUUUGUUUAUCCACAAGUACUGUACAGAGGGUAAUCUUGAAUGUGGUUGGAAGUUGUUGAUGGAAAUGAGAAACUACAAGAUUAAUCCUGACGUUGUUGCAUAUACUAUGUUGAUUGAUUCCUUUUGCAAAAUGUCUCUUUUAAGAGAAGGUACCUCUAUAUUGUUCAAAAUGACAGCAAUGGGUAUUUCACUUGAUUCAGUGUCUGUUAGUUCAGUUAUUGAUGGUUUCUGCAAGGCGGGAAAAUUUGAGGAAGCACUUGAUAUUUUGAAAAUAUUCAGUCUUCCACCCAAUAUCUAUGUCUAUAACAGCUUUAUUUCAAAGUUAUGUACUGAUGGUGACAUGGGCACAGCUUCUAAUGUUUUUCAUGAGAUGUCAGAAUCAGGCUUGCGUCCUGAUUGUUUUAGUCUAACCACUAUCAUUGGAGGAUACUGCAAAAUUAGGGACGUAAAUGCGGCUCUUAUGUUUCUGGGUAAGAUGUUGAAGUUGGGAAUUCAACCAUCAGUUACUACAUACACAACACUUGUCGAUGGUUAUUGCAAGUCUGGAGACGUGGACAUGGCAGAACAUUUGUUUCAGAAUAUGUUGGCAGAGAGUUUGGUACCUGAUAUUGUCGCAUACAACACACUAAUGGAUGGCUAUGGAAGGAAGGGUUUGUUACAUAAGGCUUUUGGGUUGUUGGACAUGAUGAAAUCUGCAGGCGUCUCUCCUGAUAUUGUGACCUAUAACACCAUCAUUCACAGCCUUAUCUUGCGAGGAUUUGUAAGCGAGGCAGAAGGAAUAUUAGAGGAGCUCAUUAUAAGGGGCUUUUCUCCUGAUGUUGUAACAUUCACUAACAUUGUGGGUGGGUUCUCUAAAAAAGGGAAUUUUGAAGAAGCAUUUCUUGUGUGGUUUUACAUGAGUGAGCACCAUAUAAAGCCUGACGUUGUGACCUGCAGUGCCCUUUUGAAUGGGUAUUGUACGGCACGUCGUAUGGAUGAGGCCAAUUCUCUGUUUAACAAGAUGCUUGAUGUAGGUUUGAUUCCAGAUCUGGUUUUGUACAACACUCUCAUUCAUGGAUUUUGUAGUGUAGCCAGCGUUGAUGAUGCAUGCCGCCUGGUGGACAUGAUGAUUGAACACGGUAUCAAUCCAAAUGAGGUUACACACAAGGCACUCGUCCUUGGAUAUGAGAAAAAGUGGGGUCAGAAUCCUACAGAAGCGGCAACAUUCAAGCUGCAACAAAUACUGCAUAAAUAUGGUGUAAAAUGGGCCGAGCUGGCACGGUUGCACCAUUUUUGGAGUUGGGCCCGACACGGCACGACCCCAACAUGGGCAUAG